AUGGCAUCUGUAUAUACUUACGACGACUCCAAGUCGUUAGCGCACGACUUGGCUGAUUACAUCUUGAGCAAACAAGACAAAGCUCUAGAAAAGGGUAAGAGAUUUAACAUCGCGGUAAGUGGAGGUUCUCUACUAAAAGCGUUGAACUCAGGCCUAAUCCAGGACCCUGAGUUCCAGAAGAAAGUCCAGUGGUCACACUGGCAUGUUUACUUCUGCGACGAAAGGAUUGUCGCUCUCGAAAAUGAGGACAGUAACUAUGGAGCCUUCAAAAAACUAGUCUUGGAUCCACUUUUGGAGACGGACGGAGCUUUGGGGCCUACAUGCUAUGCCAUAAAUGAAUCUCUAGUUGGACUCUCCGAGAACGAUCGUCUUGCUGCUGAAUACGAAUCACUUUUGCCAGAACAAUUCGAUUUAAUCUUGCUAGGUUGCGGACCCGACGGUCAUACUUGUUCAUUGUUCCCAGGUAAAACACACGAGUAUCUACUACAAGAGACUAAUAAGAGAGUCGCUUGGUGUCAUUCUUCCCCUAAGCCACCUGCGGACCGCAUUACCUUCACAUUGCCAACUCUGCAGUCCGCUGAAGCACUAUGCUUUGUUGCCGAGGGUGCUUCCAAGCAACCAAUCUUGGAACGUAUUUUCGAAGGCCACGAUACUUCCCUGCCUGCAGGUCUCGUCACCGAGAACUACCAGUCAUGCGUUUCAUGGUUUGUGGACCAGGCCGCUGUGAAAGGCGUGUCAGUCAAGAAAGAGACCUACUCCAAGAAAUGA